ACAUUAAUGGUACGGUUUCAUGUACUUAUCAAUAUUUUCCUCUAUAGUCCUUUAAUUCACACUAGCUCCAUCCAUAUAGUAGUGGGAACAAGUGUACUUUAAAAAUUUAUCUUUAUUUAUAUGGAAUCCUUUAACAAUAAUCCCCACAAUUCUCCAAAUUAGAUUUGUAUAUCCUUGUAGAAUUUAGUUGCUACCUAGCUGAAUGUUGAAUAAUUCAGAAUCUUCUUCUUCACGGCCUAGUAUAGCUUUUCCUCUAGGCUUAGCUCUUCUUGUUCUCGUCCUUGUUUGUAUGGUUGGUAUAUUUUCAUGUUGCUACCAUUGGGAUAAGCUUCGAUCUCUUCUUUGUUAUUCAACUUCUGCUCAUGAUGAUCAAUCCUCAUCAGAUGGAUCAAAUGUUUCAGCUAGUUCUAAAUCUAUCCAGGGGAAGGAGCAGAAAAAUGGGGAGAGCUUGACAAUAAUAUUGAUGCCGGGAGAUGAUGUUCCAAAGUUUGUGGCUUUGCCUACUCAUCGUGGGUGUACAAUCCAACUCAAGCUGUAGUAUAGACUAUAGUACAGAUUUUCGUGUAAUUGAUAGCUUCAGAAUCAAAUGAAAUAUGUGUAUAUAUAGCUUAUAACCAGCACAGAAUUUAAGUAUAAAUCUUACCGAAAAAUAGACAAUUUGUUUACUUCUUGGCUUUAAAAUCCAAUUUAACGUUGUAUUGGAUUGUGGACCC